AGUCCAAGCCAUGGUCAGGUUGAAGAUUUUACCUGAGAUAAAAUCUAUUGAGAGAUAGAUGCUCACGGUUAGUUGACCAUCGUUUUCGAUCCUGUGUGUUAUCUUCUCUUACAUCUUCAUUGUGAAGCCGAAAAACAAUCGGGUGCUGGGGCGUUGUGACCUAGAGGAAAAGGAGGGACAUAAACCAGCUGGUGCGUCAUUCUGGCUUGACUGCAGACACGACAAGAGGCGAAAGGUAGUCCUAUCUGAUGAGAAUUGGUCCACUGCACAAUUUAGCGUAAUAAUUUCACAGCCAUGAGACUGCGAGAGAUAUGGCUGGCCAGCGCUUUAUGUAUCGCUAUUGGCAGGGGCCAGGGACCAACAGGACCGACUGGGCCCACAGGUCCGGACGGACUGGAUGGACUUGACGGCAUAGGUGGGUUGCCGGGGCCAGCGGGGCCUACUGGAGCCACGGGUCUUGCAGGGUUAACGGGAAUGAAGGGGGCCAUUGGUGCAUCAGGAGUGGACGGUAGAGACGGAAAUCCGGGUCCCCAAGGACCUCCUGGCCCAAAAGGUGACGUUGGUAUGAAGGGAGCGGUUGGUGUAACAGGACCGACUGGCUUGAAUGGACUUCCUGGAUUGGAUGGAGUAGACGGGGUUCCUGGCACACCCGGAGUGAAUGGGACGGCUGGAGCAACGGGAGCUACAGGUCCGCAAGGUUUAAAAGGAGACACGGGGGUUAUGGGGCCCCCUGGUAACACGGGUCAGACGGGUUCUGUAGGACCCACGGGGCCCACUGGGCCGACAGGAGAGAAGGGGGAUUCUGGUGAGAGUAUUGUAGGACCAACCGGACCAACAGGCUCUGUUACUAACAUAAACGAGUGUGCGGCAGAUAACGGUGCCUGUGGACAAGUAUGUAUAGAUACGGCAGAUGGCCAUUACUGCUCCUGUCGCCCUGGAUACAGACUGGUGCCGCAAAUUUCCGAUUGCCUGGAAUACGUAGACUGCACAUACACUGAAAUACCAGCCACCCAGCUCCUUGGUCACAGCAAGAUAUCAAGAGGAAUAGCAUCAGCAGAAGCCUGCCAAGCUUUGUGUGACGCAGAAAAUACGUUUGUCUGUCAGUCUGUUCAAUUUGUUUUAACAGCCUUUGAUACCUAUUUGUCUGGUGACUGUGUACUCUCCACGUCUACAAUACGCACGACAGUCCAAGAGAAUGUGAUUAGCAACGACAAUGUUACUCUUUUCGAGCGAUCGUGUUAUACGAACGUAACGGACAAGUCUUCUUUUCGCUGUGUGGGAACAAGUGCACAUGGCGGCGAACCAAUUUGCGUGUGCAAGGCGCUCCAAGGUGUAAACGAACUUUUAAAUGGAACCGAAUGCACAAACGUAAACGAAUGUUUUGAGCGCAAUGGCGGAUGUGAUCAAUUCUGUAUAGACACAGCGGGUAGCUAUCGUUGUGAGUGCGAGUCAGGCUACAAUCUGGCAGACAACGGACAAACAUGCACAGACGUAAACGAAUGUUUUGAGCGCAAUGGCGGAUGUGAUCAAUUCUGUAUAGACACAGCGGGUAGCUAUCGUUGUGAGUGCGAGUCAGGCUACAAUCUGGCAGACAACGGACAAACAUGCACAGAUGUCAACGAGUGUGAAUCUGCAGAAUCACCAUGUAAUGAUGAUGAAACCUGUAUAAAUACUUUUGGAAGCUACGCCUGCCUGUCCACCAACUCUUCCUCACCCAAAAAAAGCAAACACAGGCAUCCCAGACCUCCACACACUCCUCGACCGGGGCAUCCCAGCCCUCCCCGCACUCCUCGACCAGGGCACCCCACACCUCCCCGCACUCCUCGACCAGGGCAUCCCAGCCCUCCCCGCACUCCUCGACCAGGCCACCCCACACCUCCCCGCACUCCUCGACCAGGCCACCCCACCCCUCCCCGCACUCCUCGACCAGGGCACCCCACCCCUCCCCGCACUCCUCGACCAGGGCACCCCACCCCUCCCCAUACUCCACGACCAGGGCAUCACAGAAUACCCCAUACUCCUCGACCAGGGUCCAAGGGGCAUCACAAAACUCCUCGACUAGGGCCUGGCAGACAUCCCCAUAUUCAAGAUUCAUUUGCUAACAGCAGUGAUAGCAGUAAUUCUUCAUUAGCGUCCCCUGGAUCUCCACAUUCUCAUGGGCCAAAGGCUGCUGGAUCUCCCCAUUCACAUGAACCAGGGCCUACUAGGUCUCCCUAUUCACAUGGACCAGGGCCUGCCAGAUCUCCCCAUUCAGAGGGAUCAAAGUCUCCAAAAUCUCACCAUCCUCAUGGAGACAGGUCUCUGGGGUCUCAUGAUGAUUAUGUAUCAGUGUCAGGUGGGCCAGGUGCACACCAAAGUCUGCAUGGCAAUAACACAGACCAGAGAGUACAGCCAACACUGCAAGUGGUAUCAGAAUUAGAGAAUAUCCACCAGAUGUACAAUGGUCUGCUGGGUUGGGUGACUGUCUUAUCAUUUACUGUGGUGAUGAUGAUAUGUAUGAACUUACUUUUCUGGAGAAAAAUGACACAGUUGAAAAGCAUUCUUGAUGAUUCUACUUUAUCCAAGACGUGAUAUCUUCAGUUUUAGUUUUAAAUUGAUUAUAAAUGUUUUCCAAAGUGUUUUAUCAAAAAGAUGUAAAUGUAAUAUUUCAGUUUUAAAAACAAUGGAACAGUUUUAGCAGAUUUUUUACUUGUGACAUCUUUUAGUUUUAAGUACUUAUAUUUUUAAAAAGCAUAAAUCAGCCAAAGUAAUACAAUGUUUUUAAAGCAUUUUCACUGGAAAAUA